AUGGAUCGACUCAAAAAAGUGAGGACACCCGUGCGGUCGGCAAUAACAAAAAUAUGUAAUGAAGUAGAAGCUGAGUUGACGAAGACCAACCCUGGACUGCUCGAUCUCCAAGUCUUAGGAAAAAGGAUGGAGAAACAGAUGACAGACAUUCAGGAGUUGGAUCAGAAAUUGCUGGACAUGAUGUUGGAUGAAGGAUGUGCUCAAGAAGAAUACGAUGCCGAGAAAGAAGCCAUCGAAGAGUAUCAAAGUAAAGGAAUUAGGACAAAAUUCCGAAUUGAAGAGCGCUUCGUACGUCCACCAAGUCCUUCCAGCAGUUACGCAUCAGUUUAUUCCGAUGGGCAGAAAAAGAAGACCUACAAGCUCCCCAAGAUUCAGAUAAGAAAGUUUAAUGGGGAAUUGAAAGAAUGGCUUGGAUUCUGGUCCCAAUUCAAAAAGAUUCAUGAAGAUGAUGAGCUUCACGACAGUGACAAACUGCAGUACCUCGUGCAAGCAAUGGUUAUUGGAACUCGUGCUCAUGACUUAGUCACCAAGUAUCCUCAAACAACCGAAAACUACCCAAAAGCCGUGGCAGCUCUCCAACAGCGUUUUGGGAAUACGAAAUUGUUAACGCAAGUUUAUGUGCGAGAAUUAUUGAAGAUGACGUGGAGUGCAAAAUCAAAAGAGAAGAUGUCGCUAUCAAAGUUAUACGACAGCUUGGAUUCGCACUUACAAGCUUUAGAUUCUUUGGGUGUUACCAGAGAGCACACGUUCUUGUUCCCCAUGGUCGAAUCAAGUCUACAAGAAGACAUUCUCAUGGCGUGGCAACGAAGUGCGUUCUACAGAAAAGAUGGUACACAAGAAGUUCCACCCAAGUCAGAACUCGACUACUUAAUGGAGUUUUUGCAACAAGAGGUGGAGAACGAAGAGCAGAGGUCACUUGCGAGAGAUGGAUUUGUGCAACCCACGCAGGCCACACCCACUCCCAAGGACAAGAAGAAUGGAAAUCCUCAUCAGAAGAAUAAGUAUAUGGAGGAUGACAUUCACACAGCAGCUGGACUGAUGGCAGCCAAGAUACAAUGCAUAUUUUGCGACAUGACCAAUCACAACAGUCCAGAUUGCAGAAGAGCAAAGAACAUGACGAUUGAUGUGAAGAGGGAGAAAGUGCGAGAUAAGAGGGUUUGCUACAUUUGUCUAAUUCCUGGUCACAUCUCCAAGAACUGCAGAGUUGCUAUUCAGUGUCAGCUUUGUGGAAGGAAACAUCAAAGUGUAAUGUGUGAUGGUAAUCCUAGACGAGAAGAAAACGAUGCCAGGAGACCGGAAGUACAACAGCAAGUCAACACCGCCAUUUGCAAUUCAAAUCUUAGUCAAAAUUUGGAAGUACUGCUGAAAGUGGUGGUAGUGAAAGUAAUUGGACCUGCUGGUGCAAUAACAGUCCGUCUUCUUGUUGAUGAAGGAAGCCAAGUGAGCUACAUUGGGUCAAGAACCAUACAGAAAAUUGGAAGCAAGGAAGAGGGGAUAGAGUACGUGAGGAAUAUGCUGCUUGGUGGGUUCGUAACGGAUGUACACGCCGAGAAACUUCACAAAGUGCAAAUUCAGAGUUUGGAUGGCAGCCAGAAGAAGACGUGGACAUUGAGAGAAAUACCAAUAGUCUGCACGUCCAUUCCAAGAGUGCCGAAGGGUCCAUGGAUUGAUCGUCUGAAGAGAAACAAAAUAUUCCUAUCAGACUUCCAUUUGGCUCAUGUGGAUGAGGUCGAUAUUGAGAUUCUCAUCGGAUCAGAUUUGCGUGCCGAGUUAUGUACCGGAAAGAAAAUAGAACUGGGUGCUAACUUGACCGCCGAAGAAACAGUAUUUGGAUGGGUGUUGGGAGGUCCAAUUCCAACGCCAAAGAACGUAGCGUCAAACUUGACAAUUUCACUUGCAUCAAGCCAAGAACGCUCAAUUCAAGACAUGUGGUCACUGGAGACAUUGGGAAUUUUAGAUCCGGUGCAUGUCCAAACGAAGAAAGAAGAAGAAGAAGCAGCAAAACAGCACUUCUUAACGAACGUAACGAGAGACGAGGAAGGUCAUUAUUCCGCGAGUCUGCCAUGGAUUAACGGAGAACCGGAACGUACCUUGCCAACAAAUCGGGCAAUAGCAGAAAGAAGGCUGAUGUCCACCACCAAGAAAUUAGUAGAAAAGAAUAUGUAUGAAGUAUAUGACGGGAUUUUUCGAGGGUGGGAGGAAGAAGGCAUCAUCGAGGCAGUUACAGAGUCGUCGCCCCCUGAUGGUCAUUACUUACCUCAUCAUCCAGUAUUCAAACCGGAAAGUACCACCACGCCAGUGCGCCCAGUCUUCGACGCAAGCUGCAAGGCCGCUGGCAAACCGUCCUUAAAUGAAAGUCUGUUCAAGGGACCGAAUUUGAUAGAAUUAAUUCCAUCUGUACUGCACCGAUUCAGACAGAGGAACAUUGGAGUGAUUUCUGAUGUACGAAAGGCAUUCCAGAUGAUAGGGAUCAAUAAAGAAGACAGAAACUACCAAAAGUUUCUGUGGUGGGAGGACUCCGAGCGCAAAAAAGUUAAAGUUUAUGAACAUGCACGAGUCGUAUUUGGAGUGACCACCAGUCCAUUUCUCCUGGGAGCCGUAUUUGAUCUUCAUCUGUCCAAGUAUGAGGGUGAGAAGAAGAAAAUCGCCCAGAAGUUGCUGAAGUCUUUGUAUGUGGACAACAGCAUCACGUCAGUCGACACACAGAAUGAAAUGGAAGAGUUCAAGAAAAUGUCCACUUCUAUGAUGACCGACGCGAAAAUGGAAUUGAGAGAAUGGGAGUCCACAAUCACUGACGCGAGCCUCAAUGAUGAACAAAGGACGACGACGUCAGUAUUGGGUAUGACGUGGGAUAAACAGGCCGACACAAUAUCAGUGCUGUUUGAUUCCAUUAUAUUGGACGGUCCUAUCACGAAGAGAAAGAUAUUGUCAAAGUUGCAUCAAGUAUUUGACCCGAUUGGAUUUACCUGCCCUGCAACGCUACAACCGAAACUAUUGUUGCAAGAUACGUGGAAAUAUGGCGUGAAAUGGGAUGAGGAUUUGGAUGAAGGGACGUCAUCAAAAUUUCAAGAAUGGAUGGAUCAAGCUCACAUGUUACGAGAGAUACAUAUUCCAAGAGUAAUGAUGAUAAGUGCACCAGACUCCUUACAGCUUCACCUAUUUACUGAUGCAAGCAAGUACGCCUACGCAGCAGUGAUCUAUGCACGGUCACAGAAGAAUGAUCAAGUUAAGGUGACUCUAUUACAAGCCAAAUCUAGAGUAGCACCUGUCAAAGGAGGCACCAUCCCACGACUGGAAUUAAUCGGAUGCCUCAUCGGAGCCAGACUCAUGGAGUUAGUUAAGAGCUCAUUGGAUGUACCAAUUACUGAGUCAUUCCAGUGGACGGAUUCUACCACAGCGCUAGCGUGGAUACAAAGAGACGCCAGCUUGAAUCGGUUUGUUGGAAAUCGUGUUAAAGAGAUACGCGACAAGACCAGUGUGGAGAAUUGGAGACAUGUUCCAGGAAGCAAGAAUCCUGCAGAUCUCCCGUCUCGAGGAUGUACUCCAAGUCAAUUGUUAGAAUCGCUAUGGUGGGAGGGACCGGAAUGGUUGAAACGACCUGAAGCAGACUGGCCAUCCAACCAAGUGGAAGUUGAUGAAGAAGAAUUCGCGAGUGAGUUAGUGAAGACGAAGAUGACGUUUCAAUCCACCCGGAAAUCACAAUGGUUCCAGACCAAAUUCUCCACUUACCUGAAGAAUGUACGAGUAAUGGCAUGGAUAUCAAGAUUCAUAAACAAUUCCAAGACUGCGGCUGGAAUUGAAGGGAGGAAAGAAGUGGGUCAACUCUGCAUAAGUGCUAUAAGAAAUGCAGAGAGACAAGUGCUAAAAGUAAUUCAAGAUGAGGCGUUGGAUACUAAUGAUGUCAGCCUCAAUAAGAAGUUAUCCUUGGUCGAAGUAGAAGGACUCGUUUGUGUGGAGUCAAGACUGCUCGAGAAGGACGACACCGACAGCUUCAAGUGGCCAGUAAUUUUACCGAGACACCCCUUGACUGCUAUGAUGAUCACCGAGUUGCAUCGUAUUUAUGGCCACGCAGGAGCCCAGUUUCUAUUAUGCAAGCUCAGAGAGAAAUAUUGGAUUUUGGGAGGCAGGAGGACCGUGAAGACAAUUCUGCACCAAUGUCCAAGAUGUCAGCGAUUUGAUGCAAAGUCGAUGAAAGUAAUUCCAGCGGCGUUACCAAAAGCAAGAGUGAACUCGGCCGAAGUAUUUGAAACUACUGGAGUCGAUCUUGCCGGAAACCUGCAAUUAAAAGAUAAGACGAAGGCAUGGGUAGUACUCUACACCUGUGCAGUUUAUCGAUGCGUCCAUUUUGAUGUGGUGACGUCUACCAGUGCCGAAGCAUUUCUUGGGAGCCUGGAGAGAUUCAUAAAUCAAUAUGGGAGACCCAAGUCGUUCUACAGCGACAACGGGACGAACUUCGUGGGAGUUGUCAAUCUCAUGAGGUCGCUAGAUUGGGAGAAAGUUAUCGAGCAAAUGAAUGUCAACAGCAUAAAAUGGACAUUCAAUCCGCCAUCUGCACCGUGGUGGGGAGGAUGGUGGGAGCGCAUUGUACGAAGUAUGAAAAACCAAAUGAGAAGAAUGCUCGGAAAAGCCAUGCUGACUUACGACGAGCUUCGCACAUGUCUAUCUACUGUGCAAGCAACAAUCAAUGAUCGCCCCCUGACAACAAUAACUGAGGACGGCGAAGAUCUCAUCCCAUUAACACCUGCAAUGUUUCUGCAUCCAACAAGGCAUUCUCAUUUCCCCGAGGGUCAAGUAAUUGGAGCAGAUGAACUACGGGGAACAUACAGAAGGAUGAGAGUAAUUCAGACCAAGCUGCAAUCUCGAUUCAGGACAGAAUAUCUGGCCCAUCUAAUCCAAAAGGGAAAAGAAAAAGGAUCUCGUCCACUUCAAGUCGGAGACAUCGUCAUGAUUGGAGCGGACAACGUGAAGAGGUUCCAAUGGCCAAUGGGUCGUGUGCUAGAGUUGAUUCCUGGACGUGAUGGAAAAGUGAGGGUGGUGAAAGCUCAAACUCCACAUGACUACGGACUAGUGAGAGGGAGCAACGGAACAUAUAUCCUCAAGACUGUGAAGAAAGGUCGCAUUCUGACGCGUCCUUUACAACGAGUAUAUCCUUUGGAAAUCUCGGGUAAAGAAGAAAUACCAGUUUCCGAAGAAGUGAGAAAACUUGCUGUUCAAAUCCAUGAUGAGAGGACAGCAACAGAUAUGCAAGACGAAUUGGCGACGGAGGAUGAUCGUCAAAAGGAAGUCAAGACGAAACGAGGGAGAAACCUGAAACCUGUCGCCAGAUAUGGACAAUGGAUUUCUCAUUUGUCGUUACAAGUUUAA